UUUGAUCUGAAGUUUGUUUGAGUGAUUGGAAAACUAAUACAUAAUUAAUUUCGAUGUUUCUAACAGGAUACGGAAAAAAUAAAUACAAAUGAUACAAAAUGACUGGAUAAUUUGAAAUACUUAUCAUUAUUCUAUUAGUAAUUAACUUGCGUAACAAGAUUGCUAUUAUUGUUUAAAAGCCAGUCAUGCUACGAAGAUUAAAUGAAGAGAAGAACUUGAUACGUUGGAAUAGUGAACUUUAUUUUAUGAUUAUAUUUUUUGUACUCACCUACGUAAAAACAGAUGUAAUACGGGAUAUCACGGAUAUUGAUGAAUGUGCCAAUUAUUAUCAAGUGUGUCCACUCGGAACCCGCUGUAUCAAUACCGAAGGCUCGUGGGAUUGCUUGUGCCAAGAAGGACUGAAAGCGAUAGAAACAUCACAUGGUAAAAUGGAAUGUCAAGAUCCGUGUAGCCACGCGAGGUGCUUUAUCACAUCAACAUGUAGGCAUUUUGACAACGAAGAUGGCUACAUCUGCAGAUGUCCAACGGGGCGAAAAGGAAAGUACUGUCAGGGAAUUGAUCAUGAUUUCCAUGAACCAGACGAUACGAAUCAUCCGACAGAUUUCAAAACAACAAUGUAUAUAAUAUGUGGUACAUUAGGGGGAGCAGCAGUAAUUUGUAUAUUCAUAAUAAUUGGAAUAUGCAGAAAACGUUUGCCUGAAAUACAGAAUACACCUUCAAGAACAACCUCUGCAGGACAACACAGUUCUAAUACAGUAAGUAAUGUCUUAGACAUCCCAAUGUCUAAUCAACCACAAGGCCAAGAAGCUGGUAGAUCUAAAGGUGUCCCUCAAAGGGGAAAGACAAAUAAAAGAAACGCGGAAAAGGACAAGAGCUUACAGUCUAAUAGUUACAGAGAUGGACAAAGAGAAGAUUUGACUGAUUACAACAUUUCGCAUUUAAUACGUGACGAACAUCAGUAUGAAACAAUCCGUGAUGAUCAUGUAUACGAAACUCUUCAUACGUAUGUCAACAUGUAAACAGAGUGUAACUGUGAACACUAUA